CCUGGCCGGAUCACAAGGGCUAUGAAAACUUUCUUCAAGAACCUUCUCAUCCGACCGCGUCAAGCAACGAACCUACGCAGGCGUCACCACAACGCGGAACACCCUAUAAAACCCAACCUCGGUCGGCCCUCCGCGAUGGCUGCUUCGGCUCACCGUUGCAGAGCGACGUCGGCCGUCACCUCCGCCGCCGCCACCACACGACGGGGCCUUCCCUUUGUCGGCGCGUUUUGCGUGCUCAGCUUAGGAUUCUCCACCGCCCUCUCGUUCUCUUCUUCUCUCAGGACGGGUUGCGCUCAGUCUCUCCCCUUCGUUCCUCUCUUGAGAUCGAAGUUUCGAGCACCCUUUAGAGGUUUGCAUUCGGCUAAAAUGGAGGGAAGUCAGGGAAGUGGCAACACAGUGCCGAGUAUUGUUGUUUAUGUCACGGUUCCGAACAAGGAAGCAGGAAAGAAGUUGGCUGAGAGCAUAAUCAAAGAAAGGCUUGCAGCAUGCGUAAAUAUAGUACCAGGUAUUGAAUCAGUUUACCAUUGGCAGGGAAAGAUUGAGACAGAUUCGGAGGAACUGCUUAUAAUCAAGACGAGAGAAUCACUGCUAGAGCCUCUGACCCAGCAUGUCAAGGCAAACCACGAAUACGAUGUUCCGGAAGUGAUUGGCUUGCCCAUCCUGGGUGGCAAUGUUCAAUACCUGGAAUGGAUCAAGAACAGCACCAGAGACUAAGUUUUCAGGUGGGGAGGCAUUCUGGCUGCAUCAGUUUGCUUUCGAUAUUCCAUGUGUAUACUCUCUCUCUCUCUCUCUCUCUCUCUCUCUUGACUUUCUCUGAAUAAUCAUGGGCAUGUCUUUUCCAAGCUUGCUAUUCCUUUGGUAUCCGAUGAGUCGUGCAUCGACUGUGGUACAAGCUAUGGAAUUAACAUGCAUUGCUACCUAACAUACCUGGCCUUGUCUCAAUUUUGGUAUUACUUUCAUAGUCGUUGACGCCCGUGGUGUUUCGCCUUUUUAUUUUCUAUUUCAUCUUUGCAUGCAGAGAGCAUCAACUAGAAUAAUCAUGAAAUCAGUGAAUGUAUUAUGACAUAUUAACUAGAAAUCAGCGUACAAAGCAGGAACAACAAUUUCUACCAAAUUGAAAUUACGGUUGUCAAGACGAUCAGCAAACAUAACGAGAGACAGUGAAUGCUUGAAGUUGAUAACCACCACCACCCAUCCUCCCGCUCUAGUCGCGGUCUAAAACUUGAUUUGUCCGCAAACAGAAAGCCAUUCUCGGCUGCUUGCCUGUCACAUAGAAAGUGGCAAAUAAUUUGAUCUCCCCUUGAUUUGAUUCGGCGUCCUAAAGAACUGUCUUUUAAUGUAAACCUAGUUUGAGGGCUUUGAGGUGGACCAGCGCAUUUAACUUCGACCUGGGGGAAGAGAACGCAUCGCACUUUGAAUGCAACAGUAGGAGAUAGAGAGAUGGUCUUUGCAAUCGAGUGAAAACCAACUAAAGUAGUGAGAAGCGCAUUAACAAACCCAAGUAAAAGUUCUCCAAUUCACUUUGGAAACAGGAAAAGGACUUGAUAA